AUAGCUGCUCAGCCAAAACACAGAGGGAGUGAUGGCUGCAGCCUUGUCUUUGAACGUGGACACCCUGCGGGAGGUACUGGAAUGCCCCAUCUGUAUGGAAACCUACACAGAGGAGCUGCUGAGACCGAAGCUGCUGCACUGCGGUCAUACUACUUGCAAGCAGUGCCUGGAGAAGCUUUUGGCGAAUGCCAUUAAUGGCGUGCGCUGUCCCUUCUGCAGCAGAGUGACCCAUGCGACCAGUGUGACUCAGCUGGCUGACAACCUGACUGUCCUGAAGAUUAUUAACACGUCGGAGGUCGGCCAGGCCGUCAGCGGACUGCUGUGCAAGUCCUGCGGCAGAAGGCUGCCGAGGUGCUUCUGCAGGAGCUGUGCCCUGCUGCUGUGUGAAGGCUGCGGGGAAGGAGAUCACAUGCAACCUGGUCACACUGUACUGUCACUGCGGGAGGCUGCCAGUGAAUGCAGGAGGGCACUGGAAGAAAGUCUUACACGUCUGAGGCAGCAUAUACUAGACCUCCAGAAAAGGAAGGCCUCCCUAGAAGGCAUCUCAUCAAUGCUAAAAUCCAAGUACAAGUCAGUGCUGCAAGAUUACACCAAGGAAGAGUGCCGUGUGCAGGAGGAACUGGGCAAAUCCCGCAAGCUUUUCACAGCUUCCUUGGCUGAGGUGGAGAAGAUGAACAGUGAGGUUCUGGAUGAACAGUCAUACUUACUGAAUAUCACUGAGGUGCAGCUUGUGUCUAGGUGUGACUACCUCCUGCUCAAGUUAAAGCAGUCAGAUACAGCUCUCCUAGAAGAGUCUCUAGAGGAAGAAGAGCCUGAACUUGCAAAUGACUUACCCACAGAGCUUACCUUGCAAGAUGUGGAGUUCUUCAAGGUAGGGUACGUUGAUCCACUGCAGGUUGGUGAAGUGGCUAAGAAACCAUACGUUGUCAAUGUCCAAGACUCUAUGUUCGAAGCUGCUGCUUUCCCGCUGGUUCCAUGUAAUGAUAUGGAGAUAAUGCCAGAAGAGGUGAGCAAUGUCACUCAGUGUCCUUCUCCUCCUAUCAACCAGUUACCUGAGGCCUCUUGCAACUUGCAGCUGUGCCAGUUCUUGAGAAAGAUGGGAUCAAAAGGCAAUAUGCCAGGCAUGUUUAAUCUACCGGUCAGCCUGCAUGUUACUCCAAUGGGAGAAGUGCUUGUGGCUGAUAGAGGAAACCAUAGGAUCCAGGUCUUCAAUAGGAAAGGCUUUCAAAAAGAGAUCAGGCGAAGCCCCACUGGAAUUGAUACCUUUGUGCUCAGCUUCCUGGGAGCCGAUCUCCCAAAUCUUAUCCCAUUGUCUGUCACCAUGAACUGCCACGGAUUGAUUGGUGUUACAGACAAUUACGAUAACUCGGUGAAGGUGUACACAAUGGAGGGACGCUGCAUUGCUUGUCACAGAAGCCAGCUCAGCAAGCCCUGGGGCAUUGCAGCCAUGCCCUCUGGUCAGUUUGUAGUAACUGAUGUGGAAGGGGGCAAACUUUGGUGUCUGACUGUAGAUCGCAGGCUGGGAGUUGUCAAAUAUAGCCGGCUCUGUAGUGCUGUGCGUCCAAAAUUUGUAACCUGUGACCAGGAAGGUACUGUUUUCUUUACCCAGGGGCUAGGUCUGAACCUGGAGAACAGGCAGUAUGAGCACCAUCUGGAAGGAGGCUUUUCUAUAGGUUCUGUGGGGUCUGAUGGUCAGCUGGGACGGCAGAUUAGCCACUUCUUUUCUGAAAAUGAGGACUUCCGUUGUAUUGCAGGCAUGUGUGUUGGGGCCAGAGGAGACCUGAUUGUUGCUGAUAGUGGCCGCAAGGAAAUUCUAAAUUUUCCCAAAAGUGGAGGGUACAGUGUCUUAAUUAAAGAGGGCCUGAUAUGUCCUGUAGGUGUUUCGGUCACUCCAAAAGGACAGUUAUUGGUGCUUGAUUGUUGGGAUCAUUGUAUUAAAGUAUAUAGUUACAAUGUACGCAGGUAUUCCACACCUUAACAAUAAACAUUGUCACUGAGUCUCAGUGCACAGUGAAACUGGCUGAACCCAUUCCAAGGAAGUAGAUUCCAAGUGCAGACAUGUCUUCAUUAUGAACAAAAAAAAUAAAAAUUGUUUAUUUGCACCUUAAAAUGUUCCUAGGGUACUGCUGGGGCCUCCAAACUAUGUGUGCCUUGCCCCCACCCAUGACUACUGGGUUGAUUUUUACCUAGGAAAAAAAUAA